UCCGGGAGCGCAGCUGUCGUUGCGCUUUGUGUGGCGAUGUCGAGCCGCGUGUCUGCACUGUGACCGUGCUUGCGCGCCCUGCAGCACUCAGCGGAAUGCUGCCCGCCUCCAGAACGGCUUUUUCUACAUGACAGUGCAGCCGUUCACUCCUCUGAACCUUAAGGGAUACCGACAGAUUACCAUGAGUUGCCUGGAUGUUAUGUGCCCAGCCUAUGGACAUUACGCACCGUACGCCACAGCUGCCACUGCUUUCAAUAUCAACAGCUUCCAGGCACCAGUCUGUCUAAGCCAUUCAACCUCCGGGAAGGUUUCAGGGGGAAACACGAGGAUGCAGAAAGGGACAGAAGUUGUUUCGGGAGCCGGGACUGGACCAGGGGCCGCCUCCUCGUUCCCUCCAGCGGCGUCCAGAGUAGAGGACGGCCAGAAGGAGAAGCAGGAGACCCCAGAAGCGGAGUACCUGAACUCUCGCUGUGUCCUCUUCACCUACUACCAGGGAGACAUCAGCAGUGUGGUGGAUGAACACUUCUCACGAGCACUGAGCUCCUACAUUGAGGGAGAGGGGAAGAAGCGUAGUGCUGACCUGCGAGCAGACACUCCCUCCCCCAGCUCCAGGCGCAGUUUCCCCCCCUCCUUUUGGGACAGUAACUACCCCUCCCCCCCAAGCCGGGGUCACUGCGAGGUGGUGUCUCCUUAUUCUGUGGACCCUUACUCCUCGGCCCUGCAUCCGGGGCUGCCUCAACCGCACCCCCACCCCUCAGAGUCCUGGGGAUACGCCCAGAGCCAGGCCUAUGGCCCCCCGCGACCCUUGCAUGAACUCUACACCCCUGCGGGGCUGGAGCCUCACUACGGCCCCCUGCUCAUGCCCGCUGUGAGGCCUGCGCACCUACCCACGCUCCCUGGCCAUUAUGAUGUCAGCAAGCUGGACCCCGCCCCUGCUUGGCCAGGCCUCCUACCACCAGGCGAUGUCACCCAGACCUUGGCCCUAAACAUGGAUGCAGGUCUGCAGCAUCACAAGAAAGGGAAGGAACUGUACUGGUUCUAACAACCCCCGUCAAAUCGACCCAUCAUUACUGGAUCCAAUUAAGUCUUGGGUCUGGCCCAUUGAAACGCUGUUCCUUUUGUCCCUUGACAUGGUUAGGCUGCAGCCACUCUUGAAAUUCAUGUGUGCACCAUGGAGAUGAAAAAAAAAUACGCAGAGAGGGAGAGAGAGCGAGGGAGAUUUGAGGGAGAGAGACCCUGGAAACAGUGUUCUGAACGGAGCGUUUUAUUUCUCCUGUUACAUUGGUGAACACAUCUGCCAAACAGGAGUGGUAAUGAGCGCUGCUCCAUUUGGACAGAGGGGGAGAGAGAGCCUGAUUUAAACAAGAGACAUUUGUUGGGACACAGGGCACAGAGCGAAGAUUGAAAGGCGUUCACGUUGAAUGCCCAACGUCAACCCACAAAACAUUUUGUAUCCGUUGACACGUUGUUAUUAUUUUCAUGCAACAAGAUGGGAAUGGAGGAUUGUGGUUGUUCUUGUUGCUGUUUUGUUUUUUUUUAUGUGCAUAUUUGUAUAUUUAUGUAUAUCUUUAAAACUGAAUCAGUGUUACGAAAGUCUCUUAGUAACAUGGGAGGGUCAGGGCUGUUUUGGGUAAGAAGAAGGGCACGAGCUGGAAAGCAGUCAGGUGGUUGGUGUGAAUGUAACCUCACAGAAAUGCCACAGAAAAGUGUCAAAUGUGAUGACAGCUCAAUUGUACUCAAUGCUUUGGUCCAUCAUGUUAUCAGUUACUUUCACCCUGGGACUAAAUUCAUGGUUUGAUGAAAGCCUAAACAGCUCCUAUGUUGUGAAUGAGUCCUGUUGAUGGUUUUUUUGACUUUGAUAUUCAUUCAUUUUGUUUCUGAAUCUCAUUGCAAUUAAUUAAAUGUAUAUUAGUUCUGAAAUGUCAUUAUGUGCAGGGACACACCUGCCUCAUCUGAUCACAGAGAUGUGCUAAAGACCAGAUAUGUAUAUGAAGAGUAAAUAAGCUGUUUUUUAAUGUUCGCAGUCUCUAAAAAUUUUAAGCUCUCAGUUCUCACAUCUCAUCUGUGCAUAGAAAAGGAUAUUUAUGUCUGUAUGAAUGAAAAUACAUCUACAUGUACAUCUACAAUUGGAUGGCUUUUCCCCAGCCCCUCUCACUUAUACCUGAUCAGGGCAGUAUUAGCACAGUAUUAGUACAGUAUUCUUCAAAAUCUCAAUAUGCAUGUCAAAAUCUUUUCCAAAAAUACCUUUAUAGCUGACCUGGGAUACAUUCCAGCAGCUAGAGGUUAACGGUUUUCACCCCAUCCUGUGGAUUUGCUUACCGUAAGUAAAACACCAUUCAUGCAUAGAGGAGAAUGAAAAUAAUACUUACAUACAUAUUUUCCAUAUCCUGCACGAAAGUGCAAGUGAACAUAAAAUGAUAGAAAGGUUGCGUUUAUCUCAUAUGCUGCAUGUCUUCUACUUGUGCAAUUUUAUUGUUCUUACUAUGGGUUGAAAUAAAAGAUACAUUUUG